AUGGGAUCAUUAGGUGUAUCCGUAUUAUGCAAUGCAAUAACUAACUACAUUCACAACAAUUUGAUAUUUAAUGAAGGGGCAUCAUACAUAGGCUCAGCUCUAACAAAAUGUCACAAUCUCUCUAAUCUAACUCUCAGUUUAUAGCGGACUUAAAUUGGUGAUGAAGGCAUUUUAGAUUUAGGUUCUGCUUUAUAAAAGUGUUCUAAUAUCACAUUUUUGGAACUUUUUCUAAGGUGA